UCUCUUCAGUUUCAACUUUGCGUCCAAGUUCCUCAUUGUUUAUCAUUUUUUCCUUGCAGAAUGAUGCUAAGAGCCUCGUCCCUUUCUUGUUUAGUCUUCUCCAGUAAUGUCCUUUGUUUCGCCAAAGCUUAUUUACCUUCUUUCCUUAGUCUCUCUUCCUUACCGAAGACUGCUUCGUACUCUUGCGUUUAAAGUAAAAGUAAACAAUUCUAAGCAAACAAAACAAAAAUAGAAGAACAUUCUCAAUACAGACAUGUGAAUGGUCUCAACGGCUGUGUUUUCAGGUUUGAGCUGUAGGAUCUUCACGUUUAAGCUUAUUUUUUUUAGUUGAAUUGUGGAGAUGGUGAUGACUAUAUUCAUAUGAUUUGCAGGUUUAAGGUUUAUACAUUCGAAUAAUCGAUAUAGUUACGAUAUUCUUGAGCGUAAGAUUAGAAACUAAAAUAUUUUUUUCUUGAAGAUUAGGAAUUAAAUUAUUUGUUGUUAAAAUAAGUUUAACUAUUUCCAAUGCCGAUUUUUGAGUACAAUAAGGUACAUUAGUUACGAUUAGGAAUAUUCAUAAAUAAAUUUGGGAUUAUUAAAAAACUAUCCUCUUAAAUUAAAAUUGCCAUAAAUGUAGGAUGUAUUUGUAAAAAAAAAAAGCACUUUUUAAACUGUGGUUGCUUCUUUGUUGAAAAAAAAAAAACUGUGGUCAAGAUUUGACAUGGAAAUAUGGAAUAUGAGAAUUUUUUUUUUUUUUGUAAAAAUAUAUGAGAAUAUAUUGUUAGGUAUUUUUCAUACAUAUUGAUCGAUAUAUGUGAGAUAUUGGUCAAUGAUUAUUACUUAUUAGUAUAUUUAGGUUAAACAAAAUAUAUUAUUUCCCUAUUAGAAAAUGAUAAAGUUAUGACAAUUUUAAAUGAUUGACAUAUGAAAACAUAAUAUAAUAACAUAAUAUGAUUCAUGUUCGAUGUCUAGAAAUGUGCAGAUAAAUUAUGAUUCAUGUUUGUUGAGAAUAAUUUUGUUUCGGAAAAUGUUGCAUAUAUUUGUUCAAAAAAAAAUGUCGCAUAUUUUUAGCAGGCUGGGACGAAGAAGAGUCUGAAGAACAGAAGAAUCGAAGAGAACAAUAGAAAAUCCAAUUUGUUUUCAAAAACAUUUUGUAUCCUAAAUGAUAGAGGGGCGGGUCCCACCAUUUAAUACCACAAAAAAGAUCACGAUGAAUAUAUUUAUAACAAAAAAAUAUAGAUUUAAAAAUAUUCCAGUGGCAAUGUCUUGUAAAUAUUGUUGAAAUAGGAGGGUACCUCAAAAAAGGGUCUUCUGUUUUAAUAGUAUUGAUUCUGGUUUUUAUUAUCUCCAUACUAAAUCCCUGAUAGACCAAUUGAUAAAUUAUCUUACUCUAAGCAGCUCGAGAUAUUGGCUCCGACUGGUGACAUGUAGUAUUAAAGCCGAGUUGCAGUAUGAUUUGUAAUUCGAUGUAAGUUGCAGUAAAAAUUAUGUGGUAUAAACUGUAAGUUUAUGUGGUAAGUUCGCAGUAAAAAUAAGAGUAAUCAUUUUUUAAAAACUAUUGACUGGUAACUUUUUUGAUGUAUAAGUUGCAGUAUGAAUUUCUUAAUAAAAUAAAUGAAUAUAUAAACAUAUUAAUAGUGAUAUAUUUAUUAAAAACAAAUAAACCAUUAAAUAUUUAAAAAUGUUUUAAAUAAGUAUUAAAUUUGAAAAAUAAUUUUCAAUAUAUAUUAUUUCUAAAUAUUAUAAUCGAAUAAUAAUAUUUAUUCUAAUAUAAAUAAUAAAAAAAUGAAAUAACAAUAAUUAUAAAAUGACCUUUAAAUUUAAAAAUCCAAUAAAAUAUUUUUUUUUUUAUAAAUGUUCAUUCCAAAUCAUGUUUGCAAUCUCAUCUCGUAUGUUGUUCAUGUAUUGACCAUCAGUUGUUAUUUCUUCUUCUUCAAGUCUACUAAGCUCUUCUUCUUCAAUCCGUCGUCUUUGUUGUGCUUGACCACUGCUAUCUCUAUCUUCAAAAUCAGCAUCUGUAAUUUUGUGAUCAAACCGGUAUUGUCAUCUGCUGAAACUCCAGUAAAAUUCUUGAGCCUUUUAUACGAUCCAUACAUAUUUCUCAAUAUAUCGUAUUUGCUUUUGAAAGGCUCCCAAGAAAGGCUUAUACCAGUUUUCUCCAAAAACUCUUUACAAAUACGCUCUCUCCCUACCUCUUUCGAUAACUUUUGUCUGUAUCUAAUUUUAGCCAACUCAAUAUCGAGAAUCUCCAAGAAUACCCCAACAUGCUCAUCUUCCCAUAUAAUUUGUUUUUGUUUCUAUAGUUAUGUUAAAAUUAUUAAAAUACUAUAACUUCAUAUAAGUUAAAAUUUUGACAUAUCAAUUAUAAAGUUCACCUUACGACGUGUAGUUCCACCGCCGUCAUCAGCGCCAACACCAGCAUCAUCAACAUUUUCAUUAUUAGACAUCUUCGUCCAAAAAAAAAAAAAAUUAGUAAACAUAAAAAGGUACUCUAUUAUUUAAAACGAUCUAUAAAGCUAAUGCAAGUAAAAAAAUGAAAAUAUGAUUUUCACAUGAAGAAGACAGAAAAACUGAACAUAAGCUUAUUGGUUUCUUCAAGAAAAAAAAAUAUAUCUUUUGGAAGUAAAGACGAAGAAGAAGAUAGAACACAGACGUCAAGCUUAUUAGUUUUUGCAAGUAAAAAAUGAAAAUAACUUUUGCAAGCAAAAGAAGAAGACAGAAAAAACAUACCUUAAGCUUUUUAGGUUUUGAAAGUGCGUGAUCCACACUAACUUAGGGUCAUAUAUAUAUAUAAUUUUAUAAUUGGUAUUUUUGAAUUAUUAUAUCAUAUUAACGCUUAAGAUUUUGUUUAAUAAUUAGUUAAAAUUUUGAAUAAUUCAAAAAAUAGGAACAAAAAAGAUUAUAAAAAUCUUUGACCAGCUCAAAAUUAGGUGGACUCAACUUGGCACACGUAAGUUUUCAAAAAUCAUUAUUUUCUUUUUUAUUUUUUAAACAAAAAAAAGUAAUUAAAUUUGUAAAUCAACUUCUAAUACAUGGAAAUUUGGUUGAUGUUGGUUUAAGUUUUGAUUUAGCAAUUUUACAAAGGAUCUAAGUCAAAAUGAUACCUCAAGUACAAUACAUGUUAAAUCAAACUUAAAAUCAAAAAAAAAAAAAAUUAAUGCAUGAUUGGUAACAUUUUUGAGUUACAAUCACAAAUCAAACUUAAUCAAGUUUACCACAUGUCACCAAUCAAAGCCAUUAUAUGAAUCACAAAUAGUUCAUAUUCUAUAUAAUAUAACAAUUACAUUUUCUUUUACCAGCAAACUUUGUAUACUUACAUAUUGUUUCUUGGUAUAUAUGAUAGUUUUCCUGAAUAGAAAAAGAAACUUAUUUUUGUUUUUUUUUCUUUAUUUGUCAACAAACGUAACUAUUUAGAAGGAAAGUGGUGGAAGAAUGUUCAAAACGAUUAGACAGCUAGCUUUAUAUCAUCUCCAUAGAUAAGUAUAACAAAGUGGCUUAGAAUAGACGUAACGGACUUGGAAAUAUCUAAUGGAGGCGGCUCUGUUCCUGAUCAUUUGCUUCAUAUUAUCAUUCAUUCUCCUAGCCGCCGCCGUCAGAUCCCAACGGAGAUCCACCGCACUGCCUCCGGGACCUCCGGGAUGGCCUAUCAUUGGAAACAUUUUUCAAAUCGGAAAGGCUCCACAUCGCUCACUUGCCGACCUCUCGAGAAUUUAUGGCUCAGUCAUGAGUCUUAGAUUUGGAAGUUUAACCACAGUGAUAAUUUCCUCACCAGAGGCUGCAAGAGAGGUGCUUAAAACACAUGACCAAGUCCUGUCUGGACGAAUCAUCCUUGACCCCAUUCGUUCUAUCGACCACCAAGAUGUCUCCAUGGCCUGGCUACCUUCGACAUCCCCUCGUUGGAGGUUAUGGAGGAAGAUAUCGGCGACUCACAUGUUCUCCCUGCAGUGUCUCGACGCCACCAAGUCGGUGCGUAUGAAGAAAGUGAAUGAACUUGUAACCUUUAUGAGGGAAAUAUGCGAAAGAGGAGAGUCUGUCGACAUUGCUCGUGCCUCCUUCGUCACAUCACUCAAUAUAAUCUCAAACACUUUCUUUUCGACCGACUUGGGUAGUUAUGACCCAAGAACCUCCAUGGAACUCCAAGAAUCGGUGGUUCGUAUAAUGGAAACCAUCGGGAAACCAAACCUAGCCAACUACUUUCCGCUUAUAGGGUUUCUUGAUAUGCAAGGUAUCCGGAAAGAGAUGAAGGUAUGCUCAGAUAUAUUGUUUACGGUUUUUCAAGGGUUCAUCGAUGCUCGGAAGAAUGAGAAAUCAUCUCAGAAUGAAAUCGAUCUCUUGGAUUCGCUUAUGAAUUUAGUCAAAGAAAAUGGAUCCGAGCUCAACGUGAACGAUAUCAAACACUUUCUCUACGACAUGUUUCUUGGAGGGACUGAUACGAACUCCACCGUGGUGGAAUGGGCAAUGGCUGAGCUACUUCGCAACCCUAAGACAAUGGCUAAAGCUCAAGCCGAGAUGGACGAUGUGGUAGGUCCAAAUGGUGUUGUUCAGGAGUCAGACAUCUCUGAUCUUCCAUAUUUACAAGCAGUAGUGAAAGAGACUCUACGUUUGCACCCACCGGGUCCACUUUUAGCCCCACACAAAGCCGAGACAAAUGUAGAGGUUUUGGGGUUUCUCGUGCCUAAGAAUGCUCAAGUCUUGGUUAACGUUUGGUAUAUAGGACGAGACUCAAGCAUUUGGGAAAACGCAGAGCGGUUUGAGCCAGAGAGAUUUUUGUCAGGACGAGAAAUUGAUGUGAAAGGUAGAGAUUUUGAGCUGAUACCGUUUGGGGCUGGACGAAGAAUAUGCCCUGGAAUGUCUGUAGCUAUGAAGACAGUACCUCUCAUUCUUGCUUCUCUUCUUCAUUCUUUUCAUUGGAAGCUUCAAAACGGUGUCCUUCCUGAGGGUUUGGACAUGGACGAGAGCUUUGGUCUUACUUUGCAUAAGACCAAUCCACUUUAUGCAGUCCCCGUCAAGAAACGUGCGAAUGGUUAGUCUUAUGUAAUUUAUAUUCGCAGUAUAAAGAAAAUAAAUAAAACUACCACUCUUGUAUAGUAAAUCUUGGUUUCUUUUGUACCCUAAAUAACGAGAUAUUUUGAUUUCAAAUGUGUGAAUAAACUACUAGCAAAUUGUUAGAGCAACCUUA